UCUCUCCCGACAAAUUUCGCAUCGAGAGAGAGAGAGAGAGAGUGUGAAAGGAUCUGAUGGGGGAGGAAGAGAGGAGUCUCGCCGGCGAGAUCGCGAGGGUUCUUGACGAGUGCCGCCUAUCCCACGCCGUCCAUCCCCGCAAGCUCAAAGAGCUCUCUGCCCUCCGCUCGGCCUCCGUAGCCGACGCUCAUGCCGGCCUUUGCUUCUUCGCCGCCUUCACUCGAGCCGUCACUCCCCUCUUCGACUUUCCCCGACGCACCGUCUCCUCCGAACGCGCCGUCAGAUUCGUCUCCGCCUUCGCCGCCCGCCGCGACGAGAAGGACGCCGUCGUCUGCGAUGCCUUUCUGGAGGAGUUCCUCCGUUUCCUCCUCGUCGCCGCCGCGGCCGCCCAUCGACCGGCUAGGUUCCGUGCCUGCCAGAUCAUCUCGGAGAUAAUAAUGCGGUUGCCGGAUGAUGCAGAGGUGAGCGAUGAGCUCUGGGAUGAGGUCCUAGACAGCAUGAAACUGCGUGUUCGAGACAAAGUCCCAGCGGUCCGUGCAUUUGCAGUCAGAGCUCUCUCACGGUUUGUGAAUGAUGGAGACGACAGUGACAUUACUAAUCUUUUUCUCCAGACUCUUUGUCAAGAGCAAAAUACAGAAGUUCGAAAGACAAUAGUUCUAUCUCUGCCUCCCUCGAACAUGACAUCUGAAGCUAUUGUUGGAUCCACCCUUGAUGUUAGUGAGUCAGUGCGGAAAGCAGCAUACCUAGUCUUGGCAAGUAAAUUUCCACUUCACAGUCUUAGCAUCAAGCACAGGAACAUUAUCCUUCAGAGAGGGCUUUCGGAUAGAUCUUCAUCUGUAAGAAAGGAGUGCUUGAAAAUGCUGAAGGAUGAGUGGCUUGCAAAGUGCUGCAGUGGAGAUCUGAUUGCCCUCAUGAGAUUUCUUGAUGUGGAAACAUAUGAAUCAGUUGGAGAGGCUGUUAUGGAAGCUCUAUUCAAAGAUGGUACAAUAAUAUUGAAAGAAUACCAGAGUCCAAGACAGUUCUUGGCAUCAAAUUGUGAAAACACAGAAGGAUGCACUUCCAACAUUCAGCUGAUGGAUGCAGAAGCUGCUCUUUAUUGGAAAAUCCUAUGCAGGCAUCUACAAAGUGAAGCUGAAGCCAAAGGUAAUGAUGCUGCAACUACCACUGGCACAGAAGCAGCAAUAUAUGCAUCAGAAGCUUCAGAUAAAAAUGACCUUUUAGAUGAAAUUCUUCCAGCAACAGUAUCCGACUUUGUUAGUUUGGUAAAAGUGCACCUUUCUGCUGGACCAAAUUAUUGCUUCACAUCUCGCCAGCUAUUAUUAUUUGGUGCAAUGCUUGACUAUUCAGAUGUUGCAAACAGGAAAGUUGCUAGUGAAUUUGUGAAUGAGCUUUUGCUCCGGCCUCUUGAGCAUGAAGUUGAUGAUGAUGGGAAUAAGAUUGUAAUAGGAGAUGGGAUCAGCCUUGGUGGAGACAGGGAAUGGGCCAGAGCAAUAUUAGAAUUGGCAAAAAAAGUGCAUGCUUCCAUGGGUGAAUUUGAAGCAGUAGUAACAAGUGUAAUUAAGGAACUUUCUCAGCCUUGCAGAGAGCGAACUGCUGACUUCAUGCAGUGGAUGCAUUGCCUUGCAUUAACUGGCCUACUUUUGGAAAACAUUCCUUCCCUCUGGAGCCUGCAAGGCAAAGCAAUCGAACCCUCUGAGCUGCUCCAUUCUUUGUUGCUUCCUGGGGCAAAACAUAGUCAUAUUGAUGUUCAAAGGGUUGCAACAAGAUGCCUUUCACUCUUUGGAAUUUUAGAAAGGAGACCAACAGGAGAGCUAGUAUCACAGUUAAGACAGUCCUUUAUAGAUGGUGCUACUUCAGUACGAAUUAUGGCUAGUAAGUCAUUAAUUGAUCUGUUCACAUGGCACGGUCCUCAAGAAGUUGAUAAAGCAAUUGGGAUAGAUAUUAAACAGCCAAACAAUGAAAAAGAAGGAUUAGUAUCCAUAAAUUCCUCAAAUCUGAGGGAUGAUGAAAGCAUUGGAUUACUUGAUCUGUUAUACAAUGGACUUAACAGUGAUGACAGUGGUGAAGUUGGUGAUGCUGAUGAUGAUGAGAGUGUUCAUUCUAUCCUGGGAGAAGGAUUUGCUAAGAUUCUUCUUCUGAGUGAGAAUUAUCCAAGCAUUUCUACAUGUUUAUCUCCUUUGAUCUUACACAAGCUCGUUAACUUGUACUUUUGUGAUGAAACCAAGGAAUUACAAAGGCUAAAGCAAUGCUUAUCCAUAUUCUUUGAGCAUUAUCCAGCCCUCUCGUGCACUCACAAGAGGUGUAUCUCUACUGCUUUUAUUCCUACCAUGCGAUCCUUGUGGCCUGGUGUCUAUGGUAAGUCUGGGGGUCCUGCCAUCACAGUGUCUAAACUGAGAAAGCGUGCAGUGUUAGCGGCACACUUUAUGUUGCAAAUGAUGCAAAUCCCUCUUUUCUCAAACGAAAGGAAGGAAGAUGAGCUUAGUUCUGGAAACCUCUCUAGUUCAGUCCAGACAUCAGAUGACUUUGACAGUGGGGAGGAGGGGAUUGCUAUUCGCAUUGCUGCGGAGGUAGCAGGCUGCCCGGAGAAGAAAACAUCUGCAGGAAAAUCAUAUAUCUUGGCACUAUGCAGGAUAGCUGCUUCGAUCAAUUUUCGACCAUCAGAGCAACAUGCCAUUAAAUGCAUGAGGGGCCUUUUGAAUGGCAUGAUCACCUCAAUAACACGGGACAAAGAACUCGUCAAGGAAUUGAAUCUUAUGGCAGCACGUCUCAGAUCGCUUGAUGUACAUCCAGAUGAAGGAUUAUCAGAGGACCAAUCUACUGCUCUAUUUGGGAAGCUAGGAUUGGAAGGCAACCUGAACAUUGAUACUUCGACAGUGAUACCACCAACACCCGCACCACAGUCUGGCAGAACUGCAACAACCAGGCGGCGAAGGGUAAGGCGAGAAGUUUCUUCAUCAGAUGAUGAUGCACAAUCUGUUCCUCUGGUUCCGAUGACGCCUAGCCAAACCAACGUGCGUUCCCAUAGAACAAGCAAAACAGCAGCAAUGAGCAAGAUAACUAACAAGACUGCAGUUGAAUCCUCUGAUGAUGAAGAUGGAGAGUCAGAUGUGACAUCAGAUGAAUUUUCAGAAUGAAUCUCCGAUGGUGAUAGCAGGGUGAAAAGCAUUACAAAACCAUUAUGAUUAUCCAUAUUGCAUUGAUCAGAAAAUCAUUCUUAAUCUUGUGAGUUCAUUACUUUCUUUUUCCCGUAAUUUUAGCUUCUAAAUGUUGGAUCAAAAAUGUUGUCAGUGUUUCAGAUAGGAACUUGUAUGGACACACUAUUUGUCUGUUAAUAACUUGGCUUUGUUUUGUGGAUC